CUCACAUGUCCUCCUUUUGCUGGCAGACGGGGUCUCUGGACACUCCUCCACCACCCCGACUUUGCCCACGCGCCCGCCGGCAUGAAUCCACGCAAGAAGUCGAAGCCAAACCCUGAUGUUGCGCCCGGCAGCGCUGAUGGCUCCGGCGCGACGCCAGACACGCCGGCCGGGAGUGUGACGCUGCACGAUGCGCCCUCGAGGCAGUCGUUGGCAGCGUCGACGGCGCCUUCGAGUGGGGCCGCAACGCCUACCACGCCCACAACACCCAUCGCCCCAGGCAAGAAGUGGCUCGGCGGAGCAGGCAGCUGGCGGAGGAAGGCGCCUCCCACUGUCACCACAGCCAAAGAGAGCAUUGGCGUCGGUGUGAGCGGAGGAGCCACGGCCGAGCUGCCCGGCGAACAGCCUAAGAAAGCACGGGACGACUCGCCCGCCCGCUUCCUCACCAAGCGCAAGUCGAGCAAGAGUGUCGUGCUGCCUGCGUCCAUGACCAAGCUCCACGUCUCCUCGGACGGCCUGGUGGACGACACACCCACCGCGAAGCCAGCAGAACCGGCGACCGACGUGGCAGACGCGCCAACGCCAGACAUCGACGAGCCUCCCCUGCCACCCGAGCCGCUCAAGACGCAAGCAACACAGACGGGCGACGCAUGGGGGUGGAAGAGCUGGUGGUCAAGGCCGGAUGGCUACAAGGAGGGGACCAAGGCUCGAGGUGAGGUACAGGGGACCAUGGACGCGGCCCAGAGCACGCUGUUGCCCGAACCGACGCCCUCUGAGGAGCCGGAUGCGUCAGUCAAAGGCCUUGAGACCAGCACUACGACAGCCAGCGCCCUCGAAAACAGCACAGCCACCGCCAGAGUCCUUGAGAACAGCACUGCGACGAUGGUGAGCGAGACACGUCCAGACGGCGAAAUGAAGGAUGCACCGCCUGGACCAGCACAGAACGAAGAGCAAGACCAGGACGGAGACGCGGUGAUGAAAGACGCACCAGCUGCCAACGGGAAAGCUCCGACAAGGCCUUCGUCGUGGUUCUGGUCGUGGAGCAAGGCGCAGAAUGCCCAACCCAAUCCUCCUCCGCCAGUCGAAGAAGCCCCAACGUCGCAGCCAGACCAAGUGCCAGAAGCAUCGCCAGAAGUGUUGCCAGAACUACCGCCCAGACCUGCACCCAAGUCAGCACCCGAACCAGUGCCCGAACCAGCCCAAGACGCACAACCCCCACAACAGACAGACACCCCCGCCCCCGCAGAGACGAUUGCCCAAGAUGCUCAACCUACCUCAAAAGGCUCAGCAAAACCCUCUGGCUGGGCAUUCUGGUACAGGGGCAAGCCAGAAGACAACCAAAAACCAACCGAUGGUGCGGCGCAGAAGCAUGUGGGCGAGGUGGCCGUCUUCGACACGCCUUCACAAUCCCAUCCGGAGGCGGCUCAGUUCAACGAGCAAGAACAGCCCAAAGACGAUGCUCCUCAGAAAGACGACGUUCCCCAGAAAGACGAUGCUCCCCAGAAAGGCGAUGCUCCCCAGGAGUCACUACAACAAUCAAAGCGCGACUCCAUAACCACAAGGUCGCUCAGAUCCCUACGAGGGCGGCCGAAGACGAAAAGCGUAUCAAAAGACCCACCAGCAGAUACCCCCAGCUCUAGCAAUACCGUAACACCUACAAGCACCUCACCCGUACGAGAGCCUGCACCAUUAGAAACUGCCCCGGGAACCCAGCCCGCGCCGAAACAGUCCACAAAGACCAAGCAAGAGCCGCCAAACCUCUUAUUUCCAGAGUUCAAGACCACGUACCAGUUGGUGCAGCAGCCCAGCUUCUGGAAGCAAGUACGUCAAUACUUUCUCGGGGGCGAGCCCGCUACACCACAUCUACACAUCAAUCCAGCACCACCACGAAUCAAAAAGGCCGUCGCCAUUGGUAUUCAUGGCUACUUCCCCGCUCCUAUCUUCCAGAAAGUCAUCGGACAGCCCAAGGGCACUUCCAUACGCUUCGCCAACUCUGCAGCUACCGCUAUCAAAGACUGGACGGAGGCACGGGGGUACACCCCCGAGAUCGAGCAAAUUGCUCUGGAAGGUGAGGGGUUUAUCGCUGAGCGAGUCAACACCCUGUGGAAGCUCCUGCUCAACUGGAUUGAUCACAUCAAAGCCGCCGACUUCAUCCUCGUUGCAUGCCACUCCCAGGGUGUGCCGGUCGCGAUGAUGCUGGUUGCCAAGCUGAUACAGUUCGGCUGUGUGAGCUCGAGUCGCAUUGGCAUCUGCGCCAUGGCAGGCGUGAACAUGGGCCCCUUUAUCGAAUACAGAACAAAGUACUUUGGCGCAACAGCCGCCGAGCUGUUUGAGUUCUCCAACCCAAAGAGUGUAGUCAGUCAGAUGUAUCUCGCCGCGCUGAACGAGGUGCUACGCUACGGCGUGAGGAUCAUGUACGUGGGGAGUAUCGACGACCAACUCGUAUCACUAGAGUCCUCGACCUUCUCCACCCUCUCCCACCCAUACAUCUACCGCGCCGUCUUCGUCGACGGCCGCAUCCACGCCCCAGACUUCCUCACCCACCUCGUCGGCUUCACGCUCAAACUGCGCAACCUCGGCCUCCCCGACCACGGCCUGAUCCGCGAACUCUCCCCCGCCCUCGCAGGCUCCCUCUACGGCGGCGAGGGCCACUCGCGCGUCUACGAAGACGCAAAAGUCUACCAGCUCGCCGUCCAACACGCACUAGAAACUACUUCCCUCCCUGUACACACGCGCGACGCUACUUCCUCGUCGUCCACGCCCGCCCCGUCACACCGCCUGCGCGCCCCCGUCGUCGGCGCUGAUAAAUCCCAGUCGCUGUCGCAGACGACGCAGAAAGAUAAGGCGGAUAUGUAUCAGCUGCGUGUGAAAGACUAUGAGAGCCCUGCUGCGGGCGUCAAUCAGAACCCGUUCUUCCUCCCCUGGGCGAUGCGCGGCUUGCUCGAAGAAGAGUUUGUCAAGAAGGCGCUGGGGAAGGAGGUUGAGGAGCUGUUGGGCAUGUUUGAGGAGUGGACGCCCAGUACGAAGCAGUUGAAGGAUGUCAAGUUUAGGCUUGAGGCUGUGAGGAGCAAGUUGUGAGGUUUUGUUGUGUGUGUGGGUUAGCGGGCGUUUUUGGAGAGGCGUUGUAUACCGGUUUGGGAUUGCGGAACGUUGAGAGUUCGUGAGCGUGGAUGGACGCUCAUGUAGAUUUCAUAACGUAAACGCAUGUGCAUAUCAAUUGCUGGUUCGUUUUCACAGACUGCUGCACUGUGUAUGCAUGUCACACAUGUGAUGUCGAGAUUAUCUAUCCGCUCUCAUGCAUUGAUAGUCGUGUCGUGACCUGCCUGGCGUCGACAUGACGCCCUCACGUCAUUCUUCAUCCCCAAAUCUUCUCCUCCACGCACAACAGUCAAGCUCAUUCCCCGUCGUAGAAAAUCUCCUUGUGGCGAUGCGUAGCGUCCACG